CUGUAGCAGUCUGUCACACAAUGCUGUUCUAUACUGCAUUUUUGUUCUAAUCAACUUAAAAUACUUGAUUCAAUGCUAUAUAUGACGAGGAACAUUUUUAACCCAAUUGAGUUCGAUAAUUUUUACUUUCUGAAUUGAUAGAUGGCUUUUAUUAGUCUUCGUGUUUAGAAUAGAGUAAAAUGAGUAGCCAAAAUCCGGCAAGCAGUCAUGGUUCAAGAACAUACUGGACACCAACGAUGGAAAGAUAUUUUAUUGAUCUCAUGUUAGAGCAUAUUCAUAGAGGGAAUAGAACUGGACAUACCUUUAACAAGCAAGCAUGGACUGAUAUGCUGGCUGUCUUUAAUGCAAAAUUUGGAUCUCAAUACGACAAAGAUGUAUUGAAAAGCCGCUAUACAAAUUUGUGGAAGCAAUUCAAUGAUAUCAAGAAUAUCCUUGGACAAAGUGGGUUUUCUUGGGAUGAAACUAGACAAAUGGUGGUGGCUGAUGACUACUUGUGGGAUGCAUAUAUCAAGAUUCAUCCAGAAGCACGGCCAUACAAGACAAAAGCAAUACUCAACUUUGAUGACCUGUGCUUGAUAUAUGGGUAUACAGUUGCUGAUGGAAGGUACAGCCGUUCAAGUCAUGAUAUGGAUGUUGAAGAUGAAAAUCUUCAGGGGGCAAUCUUAGGUAAUGGAAAUAAUGGUAUAGCCCCUUCAAGUAGUUCAAGGACAGAAUGGACACCAGAUAUGGACGAUUAUUUUAUUAAAUUGAUGUUGACCCAACAAGAAAGCGGCAAUAAGCAUGACAAUACUUUCACAAAACAAGCGUGGACAGAUAUGCUCGUGUUGUUUAAUGCAAAAUUUGGUGCAGAUUAUAGCAAAAGAGUUUUAAGACACCGUUACAAAAAAUUAUGGAAGUACUAUUGUGAUUUAACUACCUUGGUUAAACAGAAAGGUUUUUGCUGGGAUGAGAAAGAGCAAAUGGUGAUAGCUGAUGACGAUGUUUGGGAUGCCUAUAUUAAGGCACAUCCACAUGCUCUAUCUUUUAGAAACAAAAACUUUCCGAACUAUAACAACUUGCGACUGAUAAUUGGGGACAUAAUCGGCGAGGAAAGCCAGAGUAAUUCCCAUCAAGACAAAGGCACUAGAAAUAAGGCUGUAGCUGCAAAUGCCGGCAGUGUGCGCUCAAGAACAUAUUGGACGCCACCAAUGGACCUUUUUUUCAUUGACUUAAUGCUUGAGCAAGUGCGUAAAGGGAAUCGAAUUGGACAAUCAUUCAUAACCCAAGCUUGGAAUGACAUGGUUGCAUCAUUCAAUGAAAAAUUUAGAUCUCAGCAUGACAAGGAAAUUUUGAAAAACAGAUACAAACAUUUUAAAAAGCAAUAUAAUGAUGUCAAGAUCCUUCUGCAGCAUAGUGGUUUUUCAUGGGAUGAUGGCCGAGAAAUGGUGACAGCUGAAGAUUGUGUUUGGGAUGCUUAUCUUAAGGCACAUCCUGAUGCUCGAUCAUAUAGAGUUAAAGCAGUACCAUGUUAUCACAAAUUAUGUGUCAUAUACGGACAUGAUAAGCUCGAAGGAGGAUACAACAGUUUGGCUGACAGCAUAGCUCCAACUACUGAAACUCCUGUAGGUGAUGGGAAGGAUGAAGAUUCCUCUUCUAGUAUAGAUGCCAUUGAAGGUUGGACCAUGUCGAUGGAACGCUAUCUUAUUGACCUUAUGCUGGAGCAGGUGCACCAAGGUAAUAAAGUUGGUGGUACAUUUAGUGAGCAAGCUUUGGCUCACAUGACCUUGACGUUUAAAGAAAAAUUUGGCGUACAAUACGAGCAACAUAUUCUAGAAAACCGUUGUCACAGCUUGAUGAAACAAUACAAUGAAAUCAGCAACCUCCUCAAUCAAAAUGGAUUUGCUUGGAAUGAAACCCUACAAAUGAUUGUAGCUGAUAAUGAUGUGUGGGAAUCGUAUAGAAAGGAGAACCCGGGCUCUAUUUCUUAUAAAGAUAAAAUCCAACCGCAGUACAAUGAUUUGGGUAUUAUUUUUGGACCAACUGAAACGGUGGAAGGAGAAUUGAGCUAUGAGGAUGUUAAAAUAGAAUUUGAUCAAGAUCCUACUAAUGCAAGCACCGAUAAAUAUUCUGGAGAUCUUCCAACAACAGUUCUUGAUUCAGAGACGUCUGAUCAAGCAACAAAGCGACCAACAGAAGCGUUGACAGUUUUCGAACGUUGUAGCAAAGUGCCAAAAAUUGGCAAAGAAGAAAUAAAAGGGCCUGUUACCAACAUCACGGGGGUGGUCGAAAAGUUGGUAAAUAAGGAAGCUGGUAAAAACUAUUCUGCCAUAGAGAGUGCCAUCGAGGCGCUUCAAGAGAUACCAGACAUCGAUGAUGAGCUUUUAUUGGAUGGUUGUGAUCUAUUGGAGGAUGAGAGGAAAGCAAAGACAUUUUUGGCAUUGGAUGUUAACCUCAGGAAAAAGUGGUUGCUCAGGAAGCUCCGACGCUCAUAACUUUUCAAUCUUCUACAAUGUGACAUUGCCAUGUUGCAUUUGCUCGUUCUUGCUGGUCCUGUGAUGUAAAUAUGUGCUUAUAAUUAGUUUCUUUAUGGUGAAUUUUUCGAAAUUGCCUUCUUACAGUUGUCACGGAGAAAUGUCUUCUUACGAGUCCUGUUAACGUCCACAUAGUGCACGUAAGAACGUCCAUUUCAGAAGGAUGACUGGGUUUUUCAGUCGAGAAAAAUGAAAUGACAUGACGACGUUAAUGUACAUGUGCAUAUGAUUUUGUUAAGGCUGUUUCAGAGUCGAAAAAGGUUGCCAGACCUUCUGCAA